AUGAGCAUCACAGAAAAUAUGCAGUCCACUGCACUGCCAGCCAAAGUUCCGGCCAAGCAGCUACCGCGCCCAAGCCAUCACCGUAUACGCCGAGGUCAGAAACUCGAUGAAAUCGUCUCCCUCUCCGAGCAGAGACUGAGCUGUUUCGCGUCAGGAUCGUUCGAAAGUAAAAGCAGCACAUCCAAUGCCAACUUUUCACCCACGUCCUCGUCCUCUUCCUCGUCCUCAUCCUUGAGCGCUCCUGGGCCUGCUGCGUCUCUGAGCCACGCUGGCGGCGACAGUCCUUUCCAAUUGCAAGAGUACCUCGCCCUGCUUGUGCGACACGAUCCACACAACGUCGAAGCGAUCACGUCACUACCUACCGAAGCCGAUAUCGACUCUCUGAACGCCGACAAAGGCAAGCGAAAAGACGAGCCCGAGGACGAUGGCUUGUUCCAGAACGUCGACACCGACGUUUGGGUGUACGAGCAGUUGCGUCGUCUCGUUCUCGACCUGUCCACUCCCUGGCUCACAUCUCUUCAACAGGAAUGCGACAAGUACGCUCGACCUCAGACAUGUGCUGCAAUGAAUGCGGGCGACUGGAUGUACCUUUGCGCUUCGCAUGGAGAGGAGAAACAGUGUUGCGCCAUCGACUACAUGGUUCACACGCUCGACGGUGCAACUUCACUGCUCAAUUCAGCACGUCACUUCCCCAGUCGCACCUUCGUUCCCAAAUUGAGUCUCCGUCAUUUCGGCAGCAUUGCACGACGUCUCAGUCGUAUCUUUGUUCAUGCUUGGUGUUACCACAAGGACGUUCUCCUGGCUUGCGAAGCCGAAACUUCGCUCUAUUCUCGCUUCUUGGUCCUCGUCGAGACGUACGAUCUCAUCGCCACAGACAACUUGCCACCACGCCCAGGUCACGGCUCGGAUGCCAAGCACUCGCAACGAGCCAACGCGACUGCAUAUGAAGUUGACGAAGCAGCCGAAUUCUCCCGCGCACCCUCGACGGCUGCGCCGUUCACCUUGAAUGGAACCACCGCGAAAAGGGAAAGAAGCAGCACAACCGCCAUGCGCUCUUCGCUCGCGCAGAGCCUGCAACAGGGACCGUUGUUGCAUACGCAGCCGUCCGGAUUCUCAUCGUCGACAUCGACAUCGACACAGGUGGACGCAGUCGGGCUGGUGCCGCCUCCAGCACCUAGUCCACGGACCACGGCCAUUCUGAGCAGGCCGGAUCACGAGGAAGGUGAUACUGACAUGCCAGCUUGGUCAUCGCUUGCGCGUCAGAGUGCGGAUACUGAACUACGCCCGGAUCACCAGAAUGGGCAGGAUAGCCAGGAUGAUGACGAGGACGACGCGAAUGACAACGAGGAGGAUGGUGAGGACCAAGCUGAGUCGGAUGACCGAACGCAGAAGAUAUCUCAGAAAUCUACGGACGACAAUGAUGCCACCAUAUCUCUGCGUGGCGCGUCGCUGCCGGCUGGUCUCGCAGCUGCUACAGCAACGUCAGACCAAGUAGAGGUGGAAGCAGAUGCAAUAUUGCAUUCGACCCCCCCUGCACAGGUGCAACCGUCUUGA